CAACCUCCGACUUACCAUUUGUGCUUCAAGAGCCAUCCUCCUCCUAUCGACGGAUACCGUCCACUUGUGCGCGACCCCAACAUGGGCCGCUACGAUUUCAGAGCCCUCCGCGUCCGCCAGACGGCUCGCGCCCUCGUCGAAACGCGGCGCGACCCUGCGCUUCCGCCCUGGUACAAAAUCGUGGGCGAUAUACCUCCGAGCGAAAUUCUCUCGAGGCCUGUCCAGCGGACUCCGCGCGUUCGGGGUAAGGCGAAGAAACCGAGUCGAAUGUUUCAGCCGCUCCCAAUUGCAUAUCCGGAGGACAAGUUGCGGUCAGAUUUCUUCAAUGAUCAUCCCUGGGAAUUGGCGCGGCCUCGGUUGGUAGUGGAGGACAGCGGGAAUGAUGCAAAGGGCUACAACUGGGCGACCAUUGUACAACCGGGGAAGCAGCUGGAUGGCGAAAGUGUCGUCCAGCGUCAAAUGUGGCUCAUGAAGCACAAAGCAUACCCCAAGGCCCUCGCAUACGAUACUGCACGUCGAGAAUUCUACAAGCAUAGACACCUUGAGGAUGUACGGCGGCGAAUAGCCAAGGAGGAGGCCCUGCAUGUUGGAGCAUAUUUCGGAAAAGGUCCACUCGAAAUCGGCAUGGAGCUGGAAGACAAAUCAUUUGAGAACUGGAAGCAAUGGGCGGCACAGCAGAUUGAAGAUGAGCAGCAGAUGCGGGCACAAUUGUUCUCAGGGCCCGUGAACCCGGAAGAGUCGGCCCCGCCUGAGGUGGAGGGUUCAUUUGAAGAAUUGCCCGAGACUGUGUCGGCACCGAGAUAGGACUGGGAAAUGUACGGCGUUUCGUGGAAGGUUGUAUGAAUAUAUCACGUGUACAAAUUUCAGCCGGCGAUCCAUAAAGGCCCAUUAUCAGCGACGCAUAAACACAUACUAUCCAAAACAUGCAAU